AUGUCUUCCAUCCAGCCUCGUAGCCUUGCUCAGUCCUAUUCGAACGGCGUAUUGCCUUCUUCUUUGUUCUGGGGUAUCGCUCCUACUUCUUCUCUCCAUCUUCUGCCACCUCGUCCUCCGUCAGCUGGGCAGAUCUCUCGAGUUUCUUCUCUUGGUGGUACCUGUGUAACACCUUCCUCUCAUCAUACAUCUACCACUACUUUUCCGGCUCCUGCCGCAAUUUCACCCAUCCAUACUACCUCGAUCGCCAAUGUACCAGGAAUAUCAACUGGAUACAAAGACACUCCAUCUCCCGUUUUGCCCUCUGUCCCUGCUACUAAUCCGGGACGCAAUGCAAAUCUCCCUGCAAUAGUUGUCAAAGCCCCAAACCGUUUCACAAUGCCAGAGCAGGAUAGCCUUCCAGAUUCUACAAUUGCCUGUACUAUAGACAAAAUCAGUGGGACUGAAUCCGAAGUAAAGUCACAGUCAAUUGCUAAAAAAGAUCUGCCAGCACUCUCUAGUACUGCAAAUCUCGAAGCUACUUUGUACCAAUUUAUGUUAACACAAGGUAUGCUUCAAGAGGGUUUUGGACCAAUUUCAACUACUAGUCCAGCCCAUCUGAACGUGACCAUAUCGGAUGACUACAUAAGUGAUGGCCGACAUUUGAACAGAGGAAGCGAGGGAUAUCUUUCACUCCCUAGACCAGGUGUAAGCUUCAUUAGUACUUUAAUCAAUUACUCUGACACUGGGCCAUAUAUAGGUUUCUAA